CUGGAGGACUUGUUUCCCUUGUGGCUUUUUUGCACUUCCUGUUCCCCUGCUCACUGCGGAAGUUCCUCUUCUUACCCUGCACCCAGUGGCUGGCCGGAGAGGACAAGGGCAGGAGGCACCAUGAGUGGGGGCCCUGUAGGAGGCAGGCCUGGGGGCCGCGGAGGAGCUGGGGUUCAGCAGAACAAACCCUCCACCCUCCUCCAGGACCAUGAGAACCAGCGACUCUUCGAGAUGCUCGGACGGAAAUGCUGGACACUGGCCACCGCGGUUGUUCAGCUGUACCUGGCGCUGCCCCCUGGAGCCAAGCACUGGACCAAGAAGCAUUGUGGGGCUGUGUGCUUCGUGAAAGAUAACCCCCAGAAGUCCUACUUCAUCCGCCUUUAUGGCCUUCAGGCUGGCCGGCUGCUCUGGGAACAGGAGCUGUACUCACAGCUAGUCUAUUCUACUCCCACUCCCUUCUUCCACACCUUUGCUGGAGAUGACUGCCAAGCAGGGCUGAACUUUGCAGACGAGGGCGAGGCCCAGGCCUUCCGGGCUCUGGUGCAGGAGAAGAUACAAAAAAGGAAUCAGAGGCAAAGUGGAGACAGGCGCCAGCUACCCCCACCACCAGCACCAGCCAAUGAAGAGAGGAGAGGAGGGCUCCCACCGCUGCCCUCAUACCCAGGUGGAGACCAAGGGGGCCCACAAGCUGGCCCGCUGUCCCUGGGACUGGUGGCAGUGGACAUCCAGAACCCAGACAUCACGAGUUCACGAUACCGUGGGCUCCCGGCACCUGGGCCUGGCCCAGCUGAUAAGAAACGCUCAGGAAAGAAGAAGAUCAGCAAGGCUGAUAUUGGUGCACCCAGUGGAUUCAAACAUGUCAGCCACGUGGGGUGGGACCCCCAGAAUGGAUUUGACGUGAACAACCUGGACCCGGAUCUGCGGAGCCUGUUCUCCAGGGCGGGAAUCAGUGAGGCCCAGCUCACUGACGCUGAGACCUCCAAACUUAUCUAUGACUUCAUUGAGGACCAAGGCGGGCUGGAGGCUGUGCGGCAGGAGAUGAGGCGCCAGGAGCCGCUUCCACCCCCCCCACCACCAUCCCGAGGAGGGAACCAGCCCCCCCGGCCCCCUACUGUGGAGAGUAACAAGGGUCGUUCUGGUCCACUGCCCUCUGUACCUAUGGGAGGUGUUCCACCCCCACCAACUCCCCGGGGACCCCCACCCCCGGGCCGAGGGGGCCCCCCGCCACCACCCCCUCCAGCCACUGGACGUGCUGGACCACCGCCCCCUCCACCCCCUGGAGCUGGGGGGCCACCCGUGCCGCCUCCACCACCGCCACCACCACCACCACCCAUCUCUGGGGAGGGGCCUGUCCCUCCCCCACCCCCUCCUGCUCUGGGGCCUUCGGCAGGCCUGGCCACUGGUGGGGGUCGAGGGGCACUUUUGGAUCAAAUCCGGCAGGGAAUUCAGCUGAACAAGACCCCUGGGGCUCCAGAGAGCUCGGCACUGCAGCCGCCACCUCAGAGCUCGGAAGGGCUGGUGGGGGCCCUGAUGCAUGUGAUGCAGAAGAGAAGCAGAGCCAUCCACUCCUCGGACGAAGGGGAGGACCAGGCUGGCGAUGAGGAUGAGGACGAUGAAUGGGAUGACUGAGUCACUACCCCCGACACCGGUUCUGCACUCACUCCUCUGGCAGCUGCCGCUCGCCGCCCUGCACUCUCGGCUUCCAGGCCCCCAAACCCCGUUUCUUCCCCACCAUUCCUUUCAGUGCUGUUAUCUCUUACUGGCCCCCACAUUUGCCCUGGCAAUAGCCGGGGCCCUUUUUAUACAAAAUUGCUCAGUUCUCCUCACUCAAGGAUUUUUAAACAAAAAUAA